AUGAGGGACGAGGUACAGGGAGUCAACGACCACUGCAAUAAGGCACCGAAUCACAAACGUGCACCUGUUCCUGAAGAUGGAGCAGGUCCGAGUCAAUAUGCGCUUCCGUUCACCUUGUCGAGAGAAGAUGAAGCUAUUGGGAUGCAGUUAGCACGGACUCACUUGACGCAGCUGAUGACCGAGUGUGCAGCCUCCAAGUCCGAAUCACAGCUCGAGUCGGCUUGGAUGCGGGUCAACAAAACCAAAAAGCACUCAGCAGAGGUGAUCUGCUGGGAAAAAUACGCUGGGAAAACCACACAAGAGCUUCAGGGUAAGGCACGAGGGUCAUCGGUCCCGAGCAGGUUGGCUGCAUUGACACUGAAGAGGGAAAGUGGAUCGGCGAGCUACAGUGUUCGUAGCAGUACGACAGUUCACGCCCCAUUGAACGCGGUGCUCAGGGCUCUGGAUGCGUCCGUGGCAACAGCACAUCGGUCAUUCACUCGGAUCAUUUACGGCAAUCUCGUUGCUGACACGUCCGUGCUCUUCCAUAGCUCGACUCCUCGUACAGACUUCCUGGCCGAGGACGAAAACGACAGCGCGGAGACCCUCGCAGUCCGCUGGAUCAUGUGUCGAUGCAGCAACCCCACGGUUUACGACUGCGACUUUUGUUUACAGGAGUACACGAAGUGGCAUUCGCGCGACGAGUUGACCAUGUUCAGCAAUCACUGCAAGGAUCAGCAGCCCCAAAGCGACGAUGCUGAGCCAAAACAUGACGGAACAGACCGCAGCUGUGGCCACGAUGGUCUGCACGCACUUGAAGCAAUGCCAGCGGCGUACAAGCUCUUCCGCUCGGUAGAGACUCGGCACUGUCCAGACUUGCUCGACUCACAUCGUGUGGUACGCUGCAAGGUUCCUCUUGGCGGGUUCCUCUUGUAUCCCACCGCCAGCAGCGACAAGACGGACGUCGUGUUCUACAUGACCAUUGCUCGGGAUGCAGCUAGCAAUUGCAACAAGCGCGGUAGGAACUCGGUGUCCAGCAAUGCUGGGCUAACGCAGUGCAGUGACCGGCAGUUCCACGCCCUCCAGAAUGUUGCGCGACAAAUGGCCUUGCACAUCGGUCGACUGAACAACGCUGUUGAUUCUUACAGCAUGAUCCUGCAUCUCGAGUCGUUGCAUACGUUGCAAUGGGUGCGCAACGCAGAGCGACUUCAGUGUGCAGUGUGCUGCCGCAGAUUUCAUCAACUUACCCGACGACGACAUCACUGCCGGCUGUGUGGAGAGGUCAUUUGUCGAAGGUGCUCGGUGAAAAAGGACCUGCAUUUACCCACGUCUGGCCCAGCCAUGCUGCGUAUUUGCACAAGUUGCAACCAGGCUUCCGCACCAUCUCGACCAAAGUCAUCGUCACGCAACGAUGCGGAAGUGCAGGUGGCAUCUCAAAAGUUGCAAAGUUGUCGCGGGGUUAUCGACCAUGCUAGUGGGAACUCUGUGCUGGACUCCAUUGCAACAUUUUCAUUCUCGGAACCUCCUCUUCGUCGGAGUAGCAGGAGUCUCAGCGAAGAACUGACUGGAAGCGUCAUGGAUGAGAGUGCGACCGAAUCGUGUGACGAGGCCGAACGAAUGUUUUUCGUUGUAACUUCAGAGGGCGCACAACGGAUCGAUACGUCGGAAAUGAGAGCAACUAGUUGUCUGCAAUCCGAGUUAUCUCCUGCUUCCGAUAGACGGCACUUUGCAUGGACGAGACGAGGUUGCAAAAUGCUACCAACCAUGAAAUCACCGCCUGUUACGACCGCGCCCGAUACGUUGGAUACAGCACAACCUUCGAAGUCAAAAGUUGGAAGGCAUCUCUCAUCUUCCGAAACUUUCCCUGCUUCUCCAAACCAACCAUCAUCGUCACUACCGCACAAACGGUGUCGGGUACGAGCUACAACAAGGAACAGUGUGAAGACCGAUGUCACUGGAUCUGGAAUCAAUGACAAGGAAGGUGAAGUGAAAGUCGAGGACUCGACUUCACGUACCGAUGACAAUGAGUCCGACUUGAGUAUUCUCAAGUCCCAGCACAGUUCGCUAUCAACUCGAGCACAGCAGAUUUGGCCGGUGAAGAACGGCAUUUGCACGGAUAACAGCGAUGGGAACCACGAGCCACUUUUCACCAUGACCGAUAUUUGCACACUGAUCCGGCUGCACAAUCGACCGUGGACUCAUCGAAGCUUUGAGAUGCCGCGAAUGUACGAGGACGUCUUUCUAAAGCUUUGUGAGACUGCAGCAUCAGUGCGAAAUUCCCAAUUCGUUGCAUUGACGCUGUUCAUGCAUACGACUCAACAAGAUGAAAGCCCGCAAAAUGAAGUCGAAGCAGCAGAGGCAACCGUGUCGUACCUGAAAGUAAGAGGCUGUGCCAAGCUCAUGACGAUCACGGCAAACUUACGAUGCUGCGACCCCGUGCUUCAGUUGCAAAGGCCUAUUGUCACACGGGAUACCUGGGCGCUUGACGAGUCGGCGGAUCACCCGUCGGGAUACGAUUUUAGGCAGCUGCCGAUUGUUGUAGGGUCACAACAAGCGAGAUUCUACGCUGGGGUACCGCUCAUGAACACCGAGAUGCAUUGCCGCUACGGUGCUCUUGCUGUCUUUGAUUCUGAAACGAGUCCUGGGGAAGAUGACGAUCUACCAAUGAAGAAAACGCUGCAAGCACUUCAGAUGUGCGCUGAAGAGGCUAUGAUGGCCGCUGAGAAACGACAGAAGGAGAUCCAGUUGCAAACCUUCUCACAGGCAUCCUUGAUUCCGCUACGCCGGUCAGAAUCAGUGCUUCGUCCUAGUGUGGACAUCCAGCAGUCGGAUCCACAGCAGCAAGACAUCGAAAGCAUUGAUAGAGAUAGUGCCGAUGAUGACGGCAUCGAUGAAGACUACCAACGCGAUGAACACGUCGUUGCAACUACCAAUACAAAGGGCGCUCCAGAGUUCACGAACAGCGGCACCUCCAGCGUUGGAAAAGCUCGUGUAGAUUACUUCCGGAACAAAUUGCGACAGCUCGUACAGCAGGCUCAAGAUACACAGGCUCAAAUGAUGGAGAACACACUGGUCAUGGAGCGCCACCGAGUCCCGAUUGUCUAG